AUGGAGACAUCAGAAAACAAAGAGCUUUUCUUGGGUGGACCUUUAAAGGUUUUAAAAGAACAACAAGCCGAUGUACGACUGAAGUCACUGAGCAGUGAGAGGGACGUAGCUGCACAUAAGCUUAUUCUGUCUGCAAGAUCAGAGGUAUUUAAGAAGUUUUUACAACCAGACAUAUGCAAGGCUACGUCCACACUGGAGACAAUCACUAUCUCGGAGCUGACACACGAAGGAUUGCUGGCUUUCGUUGACUUCAUCUAUAGCGAUGGCUCUAAGCUUAAUGAGUUAGCGAAGUCACAUGUUAUGUCCAUCUAUCGUGUUGCCGAGAAAUAUAAGAUUCCGCAUCUAGGCGACCUAUGCAGAAAUGAGAUUAUAUCAUCUCUUAACUCUUGGAAUGCUCUUAAAUUUCUUGAGUUCGCCCAAGUCCCUUAUGACUACGCCCUCAGUAAUGCCGCCUUAGCUGCUAUCAAAAAUAAUAAAGUUACGAUUUCUAACUCGGCUGAGUUCAAGGAUUUCGUCGUCAAUCACCCAAAUCUUACCGUGGAGAUUGUGAAGGCUAUUUCGGCGAAGGAUAAGUAA